AUGCUCUUCGGCAUCCUCGUGCUCACUGUCCUCCUCGUGCACCUCCUCUUCCACCUCGGAGUGCUCCUCCACAUCCCCCAUGUCGCGUCUCUUCGUCUGUGGGGUUCCUUCGACACUUUCCGUCAAAUCAAUUGUAUCUCCUUUCUUCCCAUCCUCAUGUUCACUCGCGCUGUUCGCGUCGUCUUCAUCGACGUCUUCAUCGACAACGUCGGCCACGUCAUCGUCGUCGGCCUCGUCGAAGCUAUCCUCCGUCCCGUCGACAUCGAUGGGGUCCUCCUUGCCCGGGAUCGCGUCGGGGUCGCGAUCGACGUCCGGAACGCGAUGUGGCCCCGAGAGCGGCUGGGAUGCGUGCGUGUGAUCCGGGUCGGAGACGACGUCGACGUCGAGGGGGGCGCCACGGUCGAGCGAGACGUCUGCAGACACGCCCUUUACGUUGGAGACGACUUCCGGCGGGUGGAAGGAUGCGGCUGUGAUGGGAGUGAUCGCGGGGUCCUCGGACGUAUCCGCGUGGACAUGAGGUGGUUCUUAUGCCACGAGGCUUUCGGUCCCAGUCGAUUGCUCAACGUUGCCCUGCUCUGCGGCAUCGGGCGGCGAGGCUUCUUGGUCGGGGACGGCUGCCUGUUCUGGCAUGGCGUGAGGGGGUGGGAGACGGGAGCCGUGACUGUUGCGGUUUGA